AUUUAUUUUUACUAUGCCGUGUAUGCGUAGGAUCUCAUGCUCUAAUUGCUAUUGCUGAUGUAAUAUACAUGACGUAUUUGCGUUCUGACUCAUAAUAGUAGUAAAGGUGGCAAGAAACUCGUUUCACAUUUUGCAGCUAUCUACAAAUCUACGGACAAUUUUCUUCAAGCAUGAUCAACUUAUCAGAGGUACAAAAAGAAAUUCUUAUCCUCCUUCUGGCCGCAUUCGGAGUUUCUGUUCUUAUUCUCUUCGUCUCCUACUUCAUAUGGAAGAAUUAUUGCGAACCGAAACUACAAGGAGCAAGACACAACAGCGAGGUGGAAGAUCCCUUCUCAGUUGAACUUAAUUCUGGUCGAGAAGAAUCGUUUGCGCUUCGUUCGGGAGAUGGAACCCGAGGUGAGAAUUCGUUAAGUGAUAUGCCUGCAAAUUACCACCGGGUUCUUCCACUUUAUCCUUCGUUAAUUCCUCCAAACUAUAACACGGGACAACAAAGAGUAUCACCAUGGGACCGCACACAUGGACCAACCAACCCAACAGCACCAUCACUGGGCAGUUUUUACAGUAGAAGUAAUAACAGCAUCCCUUCCAGUAAUAACACGGAGGUGAUCAGUCACAUCUCUGGUCGAACAACAGAAUUUCCAUCAAACGAAGCUGAGCCGCUGCCCACGUAUCAGGAACUCAUGAAUCGUAAUAGUUCAUAGUCGAUGACGCACUAUUGCAAAUACGCAAAUAUCUUUUGCGUCACGCAGGCGCAAUACAGACCUGAAGAAACAAGGUCUGUACAGUUUUGGCGGAUGUAGUCACGACUGACGAUGAUCGCCACGCGACUUCUCGGCGAAUAAUUCUGUUUUGGCCGAUUUUAUUGAAGUAGUUAGUGGCAAUAAAUUAUUUUGGUAAUAACAUUUUGUUUGCAUUGUAAAGUGAUUGUGGUAAACCUAAUAUUAAAAAUGACAUCUUUCAUGUGAUAUUUUAUUCGUCAAGUAUUACCUUUCAAGAGCGACUGUAUACAUUUUAUAAAAACAGCUACCAUUCGUAAAGCCUUUGGCUAAUAAACUUUGCAUUUUGGCGAGCUAAACAAGCAGCCAUUUUAUUUAUAAAUAUAAAAUAUAAAUAAAAAAAAUGUUUCUCUUACGUAACUAUGUAAUUGAAUCAUGUUGAUUUAAAUCUAUAAUGGCAAAGUAUCAAAUAACAUUUUAUUAUAUUGUUCGUCUGCUAUAUACCCUCAUUAUUUCCUUUUGCACACCUAUACAUCGCAACCACUUUUUGAUCCCUGAUUUAUGAACUUGGUAUUUUUCGCUUCGGUAUUAAAUCUACCCCGUCCAGGUA